AUGUCGUCGUUCAUUUCUCGGCUGCUGAAGUCCUCGCUGCCUACGAAACGUCUUGUUUCGCAGUUGACUCAGCGUGGAGAGCAUAAACUCGGUGCCUUGAUGCGACAACUUGGGCUGCAGAAGCUGCUUGGAGCAUUUGGGGCCAAAGCUGUUGUGGCUCAACGCGGCAUAGGCACAACCCCGGUGGCAAAGAAACAGUUGACGGAUGACAUGGAGCUGGCCACUGGGAUAUUCAAGCGAGAGCUGCAGUUGCGUCAAGCGGGCUGCAAUGAUCCUUGGGCCAUGGCUAAGCCAAUGAAGCGCGGCGCAGGCAGAGAGAAUGACCCGACAGUGGUUCCAUCGGUUUUCGAUGGUCGCAUGGUUGGUUGUCUGUGCCAUGAUGAUCGUGCGCCCAAAUGGAUGUGGCUGGAGAAGGGCGCACCCAAGCGUUGCGAGUGCGGCCACUACUACGUGCUCAAGAAAGCCGAACCUAUUUGAAUGCCAUACACUGCAAAUGGAGCGCUGUUUCUCACACACACAUACAACACACAUCAUAGAAAAUGUUGCAUGAUAUUAUCAAAAAUUCGAUUUAUUAAAUGGAUGUGGACUGCAUUCAUCGAAUGAUA